ACCCACGUUUUCACCCACCCACCCCAACGCGUUUCAUCAUUUUUCAUAUAUAUAUAUAGAAACACUUUCCUUAUAUAGCCAAAUUCAAUCAGAACAAUGACCCAAAACGACGAUUUGUGAAGUCUCCUUUUGUCUCCAUCAACCGCAAAAAUUUUCUCUUCCUUUUUUCUCGGAAAAUUCCCUCACAUCCAAACACUGAUUUUAUUGCGAAUUCAAUUUUAAUUCUCUGAGAGAGAUGGGGAGAGGAAAGAUAGUGAUAAGGAGGAUCGACAAUUCAACGAGCAGACAAGUGACGUUUUCGAAGAGGAGAAACGGAUUGUUGAAGAAGGCAAAGGAGUUAGCGAUCCUGUGUGAUGCAGAAGUUGGAGUCAUUAUCUUCUCCAGUACUGGAAAGCUCUAUGAAUACUCAAACACCAGCAUGAAGUCGGUGAUUGAAAGAUACAACAAAACAAAGGAGGAGAAUCAUCAAUUGGCAACUCCAACUUCUGAGGUUAGGUUCUGGCAAAGGGAAGCGGCAAUGCUGAGGCAACAACUACAAAACUUGCAAGAGAAUCACCGACAAAUGAUGGGUGAAGAGCUUUCUGGUCUGAGCAUCAAAGAUUUGCAGAACUUGGAGAACCAACUGGAAAUGAGUCUCCGUGGUGUUCGUGUGAGAAAGGAUGAAAUUCUGAUUGAUGAGAUACAAGAACUAAACCGAAAGGGAAACCUCAUCCAUCAGGAAAACAUGGAACUAUAUAAGAAGGUAAACCUAAUUCGUCAAGAAAAUAUGGAAUUGUAUAAGAAGGUUUAUGGAAAUAGAAAUGCAAAUGGAGUGAGCAGAAAUGCCCUAGUUCCAAACAGUUUAACCAUCCAUGAAGACCCUCAUGCUCCUGUUCAUCUCCAGCUAAGCCAGCCACAGCAACAGAACUGUGAGACAUCAGGAACUACCGAAUUAGGGUAAUUUCUUAUUCGUAUACUUCAUCUGGAAACACAAUGGUAACUCACAACCUUGACAUUGACUAUCGUGUUACUGGAAAAUGCUGCAGGCUACAACUGCAUUAGCGGUGAAAACCAGACUCGUAAGAGUUUUGAGUUCUCAUGUUGAAGAAGAAGCCCAAGCUUACAGAGCUAUGUUUUAAUUAGUAGUGGUAGUUAAUGGUAGAGAACCCAGGAAUGUCAAGUCUUCAGUUCAUAUGGUUAAUGACAUCAAGUUUGACAAGUGUGAUGCAAUCCUUAGCACAGCUACUUAAAUCAAGAUAACAACAAAUAAAAGAAUACAUUCGUACAGUA